CCUUAAAGAACCUCUGUUACAGAGGUUAGAUUUACUGCCAUAUCCUCCAUUGCCGAGCAGAUUUCCAAGAUUCUUCACUGAGACAUUGCUACAAGUUGCUUCUGCGACCAUUAGGCCAAAUCCUGUAAGUUGGUCGUUGAUUUCAGCUUUGCAAUGUCGGGCACAGGGCCGGCGAUGGGCGGAGUAGGCAGGCCGUCGCUGACGGCGACCACCGGGAUCAUGGUCGGGGGGGUGGCCGCAUCCUUCGCGCUCUUCGUCCUUGUUUUCUUCCUCUACCUCCGCGCCAAGCACUACUGGGGCGCCAUCCCGGUCUCCGUCGGCGGCCGUGACCGCUUUGCGGAGCCAGCGGCUGUCCCGCAACGGCGCGGCCUCGAUGCGGCGUCCGUCGCUGCGCUCCCCUCGGUGGUGGUCCGUGCCGGGGACUGCAAGGAGGGCCUGGAGUGCGCGGUCUGCCUCUGCGAGCUGUCGGAGGGGGAGGCCUCCCGGCUGCUGCCCAGGUGCGGCCACGCCUUCCAUCUCCACUGCAUCGAUACGUGGUUCUCCUCCCACUCCACCUGCCCCAUAUGCCGGAGCCCGGCGGUGGUGGACAAGCCCGGAGACUCCGAAUUCGUCUCUGCCCUGGUUCCCGGCGACCCGCAUCCGGAAGAAACCUCACCGGAGAUACCGGCGCAUGUCCUGCGUUGUGCAUCAGAGGAUUCGGAAUCACAAGAAGGGAGUUCGGGUUCUUCUGCGUCUUCUUCAGGGACUCCUCUGGGUGUCCACGCUCCAAAUUCGCCCCUUCCUGCGAGUAUGCCAUCCGAAGAAGACAUAAGGUCGCUGCCGACAGCAACAUUGAGGUCGCUGCGAAGGCUUCUGAUCCGCGGAAGCAGGCCGGGCGGCGCUUCCUGUGGUCCUCGAGGAUGCGAUGUCGAGCAGGGACGUCUUCCCGUUUCAAAAGCUCCGACCAGUUCAUGAAUACAGCAUUCUGCUUCCACUGGGACAGGAGAAGACUUAGCAUUCUGGGUUUCCACUAAAUCUGUACGGGAAACUCCGUGGUUAAGAUAGAACCAUGAGCGCAUGCAUUGAUCUGAGUUGCCGAGUUUGCAAGCAUUCUUUCAUAUCUACUUCUCUUUGUUGCUAUGUUCUGAGUGGUUUCCGGGUGGGAUUGGGAUAAUGGAUAUCUCCUGUUCUCACUCUUCGUGCUUCCUUUUUGUUGUUAGUUCUGAGAUAUUGUAGAUUGGCACCACGAGAGGAUGAAUUCAUCAUCCCCAGAUGCUUCUGAAAUUGAUUUGCCUUUGUUUUCCUUUC